AUGCUCAACAAAGGAGGCAGUGAGAGAGAGAGCAGACCGAAAGACAGGUGUUUGCCCAUUCGUGGUCACGGGUUCGUCUUAGACAAAUACAAGUGUCACUGCAAGAAAGGAUUCUAUCAUCCCAACAGAGUCGCUGUCAACGGCUUCACAAGGACGGGGAAAAAGGGAAAAGCAGCAGACAGCGGUCCCAACGCAGACGAGGCGUCCUCCAGCGACUGCCUGCCGUGCCAGCCGGGCUGCGCGUUCUGCAAGGACGACACCCCCUGCGUGGCCCGAGACGACGGCGCCCUCCGAAUGGCCGUGCUGUCUUUCCAGUGCCUCUGCAUGCUGAUCGUCUUCAUCAGCAUGGUGCUCGUCUACCACUUCCGCAGGAAUAAGAGUAUCAGAGCGUCUGGUCUGGUCCUGCUGGAGGCCAUCCUGUGUGGAGCGCUGCUUCUCUACUUCCCGGUCGGGAUUCUUUACUUCCAGCCGAGUGUUUUCCGAUGCAUCCUGCUGCGAUGGGUCCGACUGCUGGGUUUUGCGACUGUCUACGGGACACUGACUCUGAAGUUGUACAGGGUGCUGAAGGUGUUCCUCUCCCGGACAGCCCAGAGGAUCCCCUACAUGACCAGCUGGCGAGUUCUGCGUCUGCUGGGCAUCAUCCUCCUCAUCGUCUGCUGGUUCCUGGUGGCGUGGACAUCUGCCGUCUGUCAGAACCCGGACAGGAAGUCCGCUCUCAUCGACGUGGGCUACACGCCCGACGGGCUGCAGUUCAGCAUGUGUCUGCUGGAUCGCUGGGACUACAUGAUGGCCGUCGCUGAGUUCCUCUUCCUGCUGUGGGCAGUGUAUCUGUGUUACGCCGUGAGGACGGUGCCGUCGGCGUUCCACGAGCCUCGCUACAUGGCCAUCGCCGUUCACAACGAGCUUGUCCUGUCAGCGAUAUUCCAUGUCAUCAGGUUCACUCUUGCCCCUGAGCUCCAUCCAGACUGGAUGCUCCUUCUGUUCUUCACCCACACCCACUUAACUAUCACAGUUGCACUGGGUCUGCUCCUCAUUCCUAAGUUCCUGUUUGCUGGCACCCACAUGAGAGAUGAUAUAGCCUCUGAGGCCUAUGAGGACGAGCUGGACAUGGGUCGAUCUGGGUCGUACCUAAACAGCAGCAUAACCUCUGCAUGGAGCGAACACAGUUUGGACCCCGAGGACAUUCGGACACCAGACGAAAUGGGCCAUCUCAGUUCUAUUAAUGGCUGUGGCGUAAGGCCUUGUGACAGUCAUUGGGAAAAACGUACCAACGAGGAGCUGAAGAAACUCUACUCCCAGUUGGAGAUUUACAAGAGGAAGAAGAUGCUGGCAAACAAUCCUCAUCUCCAGAAGAAACGCAGCUCCAAGAAAGGGCUGGGGCGCUCGCUGAUGAGGCGCAUCACUGAAAUUCCUGAAUCUGUGCACCGUCAAUGCAGCCGGGAAGACAAGGAGUCUGGAGAACAUGGGAGCAAUCGUAACAGCAUAUGCAUGUUGAAAAAGAGUCCUUUCGAUCCACCUCACCCAGGAAAACCAGCCAAGGAGGAAACGCUAAAGAACAAGGUUUUCUCCUUGAAGAAGUCCCACAGUAGCUACGACCACGUCCGUGACCAGAACAAAGACUCCAACAGCUUGGCAACAGACAAGAUGGAUGUGACCCCGGCAGAAGGAUCCCUCCUGGAUACGCUUAUGGGCAAGAAACUGGUCAAGAAGAAAUCUAGUGAGAAUAUAAGUGUCCCUAGUGAAUCUACAGAAUCUGUCCCUUUGGUCUGCAAGUCUGCCAGCGCCCAUAACCUCACUGCAGAUAAGAAACCAAUUCAUCCCAGAGCUUCAAUGCUGCAGAAGUCACUCAGUGUCAUUGCCAGUGCCAAAGAGAAGACUUUGGGUUUGACAGGAAAGGCCCCGAGUGCAGAGGACAGCAAUAAGAAGACUCAGUCAAAGUGCAAAGAGACAAGGUCCAGUGCAGAGCCAGAAAAUGAAGGCCCAUCUAAGAUGAUUAUCAGCCAGUCGGUUGAAUACAAACAGAGUGCGGCAAAAGGUAGGAACAUUAAACAGCCGGUUAGUGGUAGCGAGCCAACAAUCUGUUCCGAUCCAGUCAAGGGAAAGGACCUCUACGAUCUCUCAGAAGUUUGCCCCUGGGAAGUGGAAGAUGUCCCAACUCCAUCUGAAAACAAAGUCCAAAAGCAUGUAUCUAUCGCACCAAAGGAAACCACGACAGUUCAUGGAGGGAGCACCAAGGGAGGCAAAUCUCAGAAGCAGAAAGCUUCUGAUCACUCGAGUGGAAGGAAUUCUAAGGAGAUUCAGAAGACGACUGCUGUUCGAGCAGAGGUUUGUCCAUGGGAGGACGGAGGUGAGAGUAACGUUAGUCAAGUGGAAGGGUCUAAGCAGCAAUUAUCAAGUCAGACUAGUCAAUUUGCUAAAACCCAGCAGCCUCAUUCUGCAGUAGAAAACCCCAAAACAGCUCGGGUAGACAUUUGUCCUUGGGACUUUGAGGAGCCUCAAAAGACAACAGAAGUGUCUCGCUCAUCAGAUAUGACAAUGCAGAAAAAAGGCACAUCUCCAGUGGACUGUAGAGGAAAAAGUACCCUUUCAGAUCCAUCCAAAGUAGGAGGCUCACUCCAGCCACCAACUUCUAAAGCUGAUGUAUGUCCCUGGGACUAUGACAGUACUGCAAUAUCUCCAAAUUCUGAGAGGACACCUAGUCCCUCUCAAGUUGCCAAAACCAAGGAAGACCUUUCAAAAAAGAAGGUUACCCCUUCCACAAGAACACUUGACCAAGAGAAAUCUAAAGACACUGAUGAUGAGAAAAGUAGAGCAAAAUCUAAGGACAAGAGUAAAUCAUCAGAGAAGCAGGCAAGUCCUCAAAAACUGGCUGAGGUUUGUCCAUGGGAUGUAGAGAGUCAUCAGGAAGUGCCGUUGGUGGAAAAAAGGAAAAGCGCAAAUGUUGGAGCGGCCAAACCAAAACCGGCUGAAGUCUGUCCAUGGGAUUUUGAGGAUACAUCAGCUAAAAAAGAUACAGACAAGAGUGCUUCUGUGGUCAAACAGAGCAAUCCAAAUCCUAAAGGUGGCGUCGUAACUGCUGCUAAAAAGGCAGAUGUUUGUCCCUGGGACUUCGAUGAUAGCACAUCAAGCAAGAAGGCAUGACACUAAACAUUAACGGACUUCUGAAAUUAUAGUAAUUGAUGUAUACUUUUUUUCACUUUGAAAAUCGUUAAAUAUUACCUUUUACUAUUAGUAUGGUGACUUGGAAGAAAAGUAGAUCUAACUCCACAAGUUGCCUUCCUUUCCGAGGUUUUGUUCCCGUUUUACCUAUUUUGAAAAUAAGUAAAAUGUACAAAAAAACAAUGUCAUGACGAGCAUUCCAGAUUAUUACAGGAACAUCCUGAAGUUAAAUUGUAGACAAAUUAUGCAACUUUUGAUUCAGCCUUUUCACUUCAUGAGCAAUGUUGAAUAUCUGCAUUUAUCAUGUUCCUUACUCUAUUUGUUUUGUGCAUUGAC